UCUGAAGAUUAUUACGACAUGAGAAGAUUAUAUAUGAUUAUGGGCUCUUGUCUUUUCUACAAGGGUUACUUGAUUGGUAAUCACUUGCCAAAGGAAGAUCUUAUUGAUAUAGGUUUAUAUUGUCGGCACUAUUGUCUGUUACCCUUGGCAGCAGAACAGAAGAUCAGUCAGUUAGUGAUAUGGCGGGAAGUAUUUCCACAUCAUCAUAUCCAGCCUUGUGAAGUUUCAGCUAUUACAGGAUACAGGGAGCCUGAAGCAAGAUACUUUUUACUGAUAGUUGGCUUGAGAUACUUUAUGCUGUGUGUCCUGCUAGAGGCGGGAGGCUGUGCAUCAAAAGCAAUUGGGAAUCCAGGACCAGACUGUGUAUAUGUAGAUCAGGUCAAAGCCACUAUACUUCAACUGGAAGGAAUCGAUGCCAGCAUAGAGGAAAGGCUAGAUGCUCCUUCCAUCCCACCUUUAUCUUGUGCUGACUGGUUCCUUCCUGCAACACGUGACAAACCCGAGAACUUGACCACCUCACCUAUGUUCAGCAAGCUACAAAAUACUUCGAAAUCAGGGACCGCUCCAGCAAGCAAAAGGACCCUGUUUGGUGACUCGUCCUUAAUGACACGUAAGCCAAGCCCUACAAGGAGCAGUGGAGGACCUGACCGUGGUAACGAAGGUCCUGCGGAAGAUGAAAGCAGUAAUCCACAAUCUGUAGUGGAUCAGGCCACUAAAAAAAAACAUACCCUACCAAAUCCAUUUAAUUUAGGAAGCCUCAAAAAGAACCUUUCAGAGAAAGAUACAGAACUUCUUAAUGCUGUCAAGUUGACAUCUGGUCCUGAGAAUACCCUCUUCCACUAUCUCACCUUGGAAACAAUGCAAGGAAUCUUUAUCACUCCAACUCACAAAGAAGUAGCACGGCUUGGUGGCUCCAUCCACCCUCAGUUAAUUGAGAAUUUCUAUCGUUGCUGUCUUUCAAUUCGAGACAUUUUUCAGCAGUCCAUGAGGAAAGAAAAUAAACAAAAAGCAGGCAGUGGGAUUUCGGAAUGCAGUAAGGCAGCGGAGGACCUAGAUCUGAUAACAGAACAUGGAGUUUUGUUUGAGUGCUCUCCUGAAAACUGGACUGAUCAGAAGAAACCACCACCAACAAUGAAUUACUGGGUUGUGGGGAGACGCAUUCUGCAUCCCAAACCCCAGGAGUGUUAUGUCUGUUUCCAUGACUCAGUCACAGAAGCUGCUGUGGAACUGGCCUUUAAACUGUCCUUUGGUUUAGCGACAUAG